CCUCCACCCCAUCACCCGACUCCCAGCCACCCUCGCUUCGCCUGCACGCUUCGUAAUACUCUCAUAAUCUCUGAAUGACUCAUCUAUUGCUCUUCGCGCCCUUCAGAACGGCGUUCCACGAUGCGAGCGCCCCCCCCCCCCUUUGGCUCGAUGGAGCAGCUGACACCAGGCGCGCUACGCGUCGAGCAACACAUUGGCACACUCUCGGGUGGGCGUGGCCAGCUAGCGGCCGCUCGAGCCAAGACGUCGUCGAGAUGCACACGCCUCGCUGCAGCCUCUCCCUGCCGGCGACGUGCCAUCUUGUCUCGCUCGACGAGCCCUCGAUGCUGGCAGCCGACGGCCGCAGCCUCGGUACGUGCUCGACCGCAAAGCGACAACGACGCGGCGUGAGGAACCGGCGCCGCCAACCAGCUGCCCAGCGCUGCGACGCUGCAUUCGCAAGGUCCGACCGGGCCCGAUUUGCACGCAUACAUCCGCUGUGAGUGAGCUGGGAGUCCCACCGACGUCAAGCCGACGCCGCACGUCCAGCGUCGCUCGGAAGCGCAGAAAGGCUCUGCAGUUCACGGGCAGACCCCGGCAUCGCUCGCUGCGUCGAAGCCGAGUAGCCGACUGCAGCAGAGGGGCGCAAGAGGUCCAGGCCCACCGCACCGGCACCCGGACCGGCGACCGGAAGCACUUUGAAUCGUCUUCGAGCGUCAGGAGCUUAUUCAGGAGCCGGCUGCCUCCUCUCGUCCUCGUGUUGCUAGAGUGCGGCGGGCGCUACCCCUGACUCGGCCAUGACCCACAGGAAGGGAGGUGCGCUCCCACCCCUCAC